UAACACACCUAAAUUUAAUCCUGCUGCACCCCCUUUCUCCAACAGUUCAAUAUACUUGUUUUUCAUUAGAACCAUUGCUAAUACCUACUUACAAUCCUAAGAGAAGAUGAAUGCUCUCAAAUUCAUACAUCCUUCCUUCAGACAUACCAACAUAAAGUAUAAUGUCCACUGCACAAAACUCCGCAACACAAGAAGUUCAAUUUUGUGCCUCAGCAAGUCCAAUGAGUCUGAUUCUCAAGCUUCUCAACCAGGAGAUACUCAUAAACAAGAACUACUAGCCCAAAUCGUCAUGCUUCAAACUCGAAAAGUCCGUCUUACAGAUUAUAUAGAUGAGAGAUCUGCGUAUUUAACCCAAUUCGGUGAAAAAAUCAACGCUGAGUUCGAAAAGAUUGGAGAAGAUGCACUCAAAGGAUUAGAUGAAGCUGAUGCCAGAAUAACAGCGAACAUAGAGAGCCAGAUGCUAGAAUUCGAGGAAUCUGCAGAAUUUAACAGACAAGAGAUUCAAGUGCGUGAAAACGAGUUAGAGGAGUUCGAAGUUCAAAUGGAAAACGGAAGAAACGAAGGGCUAUUCUUUAAGAACCUCAGAAAGAAGGUACCUGUUGUUGAUAAAGCCAAAGCCAAAGAAGAGGCAGAAAAAAUUAAAGAUGUAAUCAGAGAAAAAGCUGGUAGCACAAUCAGGAAAAACGUUUACCGCUUAUUCAUUGGCCUGCUGAUCUUUACCGUAGUUUAUACUAUUGCCUCACCAUCAACUGAUUGGAGAAAAGUGGCAGUUUUUGGAGCAAUUCUUGUGGCUUUGAUUUCUCAGCUCAUCUAUGAACAAAACAUGUCAGCAGAAAUUGGAACCAUGAGAAAGACCAACAGUGAAGAGGAAAAUAAAUGAGUUCAAUUUUUACUGUUAUGUGCUGCAAGAUUCUGGUAAAAGACAGCUUUUGAAUUGAUAUUGCAUGUACAAUAAACCCAAGUAUAGUCUUACAACUUGGGCCUGAUAAUAUCAUGCAGAUUUGCUUUGGCAUCAACAACAGAAGAUAUUGAGUGAUAUUACUAAAUCACCAAAAUCUGAGUAACUGGGUUACCCUAUGAUGCUGAUUAAAUUCUUUAUAACCUGUGUCUAAACAGAAAAAAAAUAAAUAUAUAUAUAUGUAUAUAUAUAUAUAUAUUUCUCAACCUUUAGAAAUGUACCUUUAGAAUCUGAAUUUACCUCUGCAUCUUCCAUUAUGUAAAUAAGUACACUGAAACUAAUAACUAUGCAAGGUCA